UGACAGUUAAAAAUUCAAUGAGAAUCGUGAAGCCAUACUUUUCUUCUCCCUUCUGUCUUCUGCUCUUCCAAACUCGUCCAACUUUGGGAUUGAACGUUCACAACAGAGCAGACGAAAACAACAACUUGAGACCGCAACAACAAGCAAACAACAAUGUCCAAGAGGAAGACUCGAGACUUGGAACCUCAAGUCGUCAGUCCAAAGAUGGCGCCAACAACCAGCAGGAAGAGUUCGCAGGAAUCGUCAAAUGCGGCUGCAGGAGGCCAUGUCAGCCUUGCCGAACCAUUCGCGGUCAACCACCAGGACCGAAACAACGACGACGCAGUCGCCGCCCACGAAUCUUGGAGAAGAAAGCUCCAUAAGAACGCGAGACGAGCCGCCGAACGAGUCGGAUUGUCUCGUCUCAAGUCGAACCGUUCACAGCGCACCGCGAACAAAAGCGCGCCGUCAGAUCCGCCCUUGACACCUCUCAGGCGCAGCAGCCGUGUCCCUGCCCCCAACAAGGACACCCCCAACAAGGACACCACCGACAAGGUCAUGCCCAGAGGGCGCCGUGGAAAGUCAACCAAGGCCAAGAAGCCGAAGAAGGAAUCGUCCGAGACAUUCUACUCUGUCCGGCGCAUUGCUGGGGAGAAGACCGAAAAGGGCCGGCUGUUCUACCUGAUCGACUGGGCCAACGACCCCGUCACUGGAAAGAGCUACGAUCCGACCUGGGAACCAGCUGAAUACGUGACCGAAGCUGCAGUCGCUCAUUGGGAGUUGACCAAGGACAAGGCGCCGCAAAGCGACGACGACACCGAGCAAGAGAACAAAGGCCAGGACGAGGAAGACGAGGAGGACGAGUUGCCAAUCGUUCACCGCCGCCAGAAGCGCAAACUCUCGCUGGAUCGAGAGGAAGAGCAGCAGCCGCAGAAGCGAGCUCGGACCGCCGGCACGCAGGAGGACAACACGGGCGCCAAUCCUCGCGUUAAGCCCGUCAAGAUUGCUGUUGAGAUUCCGCGCGAACCCACCGUCGACCCGUCCGAUUUCGUACCUGUCAUUGUUUCAUCGCAAGACAGUUCCCAGCCCGCCUCGCAGCAUCAGGAACCCGCAGCGUCAAAGGAGAUCAGCCAACGGACGAUUCCCGACUCGCAAGCCGUGGGUGAUUCCUUGCCAUCCCUGCUGCAGGAAACCCAGAAAGAGCCAGACCUUCUGCCCGAAGACGAAGUUAGCGACUACCAUUCAGCGGUGGAGGAUCCGGACUCUGAAGGCGCUGCUAUUCCGUCUUCCUCCUUUGCGUCCGCCCAGGCUCAGUCGACGCAGUCUGGGGCUGUGAUUCCGUCCAGACAGAUCGAAGAUCACUUGGAGGUUGAACCCCAAUCCAUCAUCUCCUUCGACGACCAGCAAACCGCAGCUGAGAAGGCCUCGCCCCAACAGGACCUGGAUUCGAAUCUGAGCAGCUCCCCGCCUGGAAGGUUCUUGACACAGCUCGAUUUCGAUUGGUUAUUAGCAGAGACGUCGUUGUCAACGUCGGGAGUUAUCGUCUCAACUAGCCAAAUCGUGAGCCAAAACCCCGACAACCGCAGCCAGGGCCCCGCGAACGACAAACCUGACACCACAACCACUACCCACACUUCGCCCCAAACCUCAAACAGCGCUCCUUCGCAGGCCGCCCAGGUUCUGCUCCCUUCAAGCAGCAUUUCACAGCAACUGCGCAGCCAAAUCGAAUUCACCAGCUUGAUCGAGAAUUCUACACAAUCCGAACGGGCGGCCCACCACAGCCAGACCGACAACGACAUCGUUCCGGCCACCCUGCAAAAAGAGGUCAGUGGCACCAAAGAGUCGCCAAGUGGCAUCAGAGAGUCGCCAGCAUCACCACACAUGAUACUGCGCACACUCGACCUAAACCAGCCCACUAAGCAGCCGCACUCUGACAACACAAACAGAAUCGAUAAUCCGAACACCCCUCCCCGUUCUUCUUCUUUGUCAACACCCCACACACCUAAUCAAAACGAAGACUGCGAGACAGCUAACUUCAGGAUGGACGACGCGUUCCCGACGGAGACGCCCCAGCUCUCCGCAACGGAGACGCUGCAACGGUUGCGAGACCAGAUUUACGGCAAGCAGUCCGAUGAGCCAUCCACACUCUUAACCUCACCAGCGUCGCAUCUCGACCUCCACACCACCCAACCUGAGCAGCAGGAACAACAGCCGGCCGUAAUCUCACCUGUCGAUGUUUUCCCAGCGCCUCACCCUGAUCCGGCGGAUCCGUGGGAGAUUCAGCCAUCAGGCAAUAUUCUUCACAGCAUCGAUCCGAGCCCUGGGCUGCAUCCGGGGUCAGUCAUUUCCAACGGUGAGACCAUCUCUGCUGUUGAGCAGCUUAGACGUAGUCUGGGACUCCCAUUCACUCCCAACGCCCCACACACAGAGCUCGAUAUCUCCCCCGAGCCGGUGGAAACCCACGACCAUGUAGCUUCGGACGAGAUGCCUGCAACUAUUGCUCCUUCUGAGUUGGAUGUCUCAACCGGCCACGAUGCACUACCGUCUCAUGAACACGUCGAUUUCGAACAGAACAACGACGACAUGUCUCACACAUCUCGGAACAUAGACUCCGAGGAGCCCGAGGAAGAAUCGGACUUAACCGAGUUUCUGGUCACCCUACCGAUGGCGGCAAAUUCUCGUCCUCAGUACCUCGAAACGAUCGACAAGAACAAAGCUGCCAUGGAGGAAUUUUGCCAGGCCUUCAGCGAGUCUCAUCCGGCGAUGCCCAACGACUCUCUCACCGCAAAGAUUGACUCGCUAUUCCAGCGACUGGCUGAUCUCUGCGACUUACCAGCCUACGCGGACACCAUACCGGCGAUGACGCCCACCGAGAUGAUGAAGCACGCGACGGGAACAAACACCAAGUUUUCUUUCAUCUAUGAGUUUCUCCACCUCGCUCGUGAUUUGAAUCUCCGAGUUCUUAUCCUCUGCCGACCUGGUAGGACAUUUGAUUACUUGGAAGCCGUGGUUUCUACACCUGGUUUCAACUACAAUGUUCUUGGGCGUGACGAACCAACCCCGUCUGAUGAGGCUUCCGACGGAUUGUGGGUGGUUCUGGCUUCACCAGACCAGGAUUUGUCCGCCGUCCGUGGACCUAUCGAUGUGGCCAUCAAAUAUGAUCACGAGACGAGGUCAACCAGACUGCCGCCCGGCUUAGUUCCUGUUGUCUUGUCUCUCGUAGUCUCCUACAGCCUAGAGCACGUUGACCUUCAACUCAACCAGAUGGAACAUGGUUUGAGCGGCUUGGAGAAGAAGAACGCCCUUACCCUGGCGAUUGAUACUCCAACGGCGAGAAGGCUGUUCGUAAGCCCACCAGAUGAAGGGCAUGAACCGCACAAGGCCGCCGAGCUUUUCGCCUGCUUUUUGCAGAACCCCGAUAAUGAUCUAUCCUGGGACCCGCAAGUUCUCCCUGCGGAUGUCUUCGAUGGCUGGUUGAGCUCGCAGAACCGUAUGGAGUCAGCUCAGCAUGUACUUCCUUCAAGAGAUGCCACUGGCCGUAAGCGCCACUUGGACGUAGUUGAUGCUGGCACGCCAAAGCGAGCCAGGCUUUCUCAGACCCAGACUCCUCGGAAUAGCACACCAUCCCAGAUGACCGACUUGCUGAGAAGUACUCUGGAGAAAUACCCCGGUAGGCCGGCAACACAGUUCAUGGAAGUUUCGGUAGAGCAGCUUGAAGCUCUGGCCUUCAAGAUCUUCGAGCUGGAGUCAGAUCUUGAACGAGAAGCCAGUGACGAGAACCGAACCCGACUGCUCGCCAGGAACCUCGGCGUCGAACUGGCGUCCUACAAGCGCACGGUGGAAGUUCUACAGCCCAAGUACACCGAAGCGCUCCACGACCGCAGCACCUUCGAGAAGACUUGCAAAAAGGCAGUCGACGAAAACGUAGCAGCGCAAAAGCGGCUCGAAGCCAGCAAGCACGACCUAGACACCGCCAAGGCAGAAAUCAAAGCCUCGGAAGCCAAACUAGCCGCUGCCAACUCGCAACUCGCCAACUCAUCCAACCCAGACCUAUCCCGUCUCGCCCGCGCCGAGAAGGAGCUAGAGGACACCAAGACCAAACUGGCCGCUCUCGAGAAGCGCCUGGCCACCACGACCAACGAGAUGGAAUACAGCCGCUCCGCCUACCAAAACGCAUCCAACGCGCACACCGAGCUGAACAACGAGAACCUCGCCCUGAAGCGCAAGAUCGAGGAACUCCAGCGCAAAGCCGACGAAAACGUCGUCAGAGUCAACCAGAUCAACUCCGACCAGGAGAAGAAGUUCCUGGGCAAACAAAACGACGAGUACCGCGCCAUGAUCCGCGACCGCGAGCGCGAGCUGGAGACGGCCCGCGCCGAGCUGAGACAUCUCAAGAGCGGAAGGCGCGAGACCCGCCAGGCUAGUGUCCCGCGGAGUCCGCGCACGACGACGGGCAUCAUGAGUCCCAGGACGACGGUCGGACGUAGAAAUGCCAAUACGGAUACAGCAGCAAGUAGUCGGGGCAAUAGUCCUGCGCCGGGUAAUGCUAGCGAUGGGAACGGGAACGGAGGAGGAGGGAUGAACUUUAAUCCCCGGUGGGGGCACCUGCGUGAUUAG